AUGGAAUCCACCAGGGUGAACUGGACACUUGCCAUCCUGACGGGGGCUCUGCUGUGGACCGCCGGCGGCUCAGCGGCGCCCACCGAGUGCCACUUCAACUCCAGAGCGUUGUGCGUGUACGAGGGGAGGCAGUACUCGCUGGGAGAAACCUGGAUGGACAACGCCUGUCUGCAGUGCACCUGUCUGCACCCCAUUGGUGUCGGAUGCUGCGAGACGGUGCAUCGGCCGGUGGACUUCCCACCGUGGUGCGAGGUGCGGGUGGAGGCCGUGACCUGCAAGGUCUCCCUGGUCCAGACGGCCGACCCUCGUCUGCCCUGUUCUCCCGGGGAGGGCAACAACGACCCCAGCCACGGGUCGCUGAAGCUGCAGCAUCAUCUGGAGGGGUAG